AUGGCGUUCCCUAAGGUUGAUUUUGAGGUUGGAGCUGAUGGGGUUGCUGUCAUCACUAUGGGCAACCCACCCGUCAAUGCUUUGGCCAUUCCAAUUAUCAUGGGGUUGAAAGACAGAUUUGACGAGGCAGCUCGGAGGAAUGAUGUGAAAGCUAUAGUUUUGACUGGCAAAGGUGGGAGAUUUUCUGGUGGCUUUGAUAUCAGUGUUAUGAAGAAGGUUCACGAUACCGGGGAUUCCUCGCAUCUCCCUGAUGUCUCCGUGGAACUAGUAGUCAAUGCGAUUGAAGAUUCGAAGAAACCUGUUGUUGCAGCAGUGGAGGGGCUUGCUCUUGGAGGUGGCUUAGAACUGGCUAUGGGAUGCCAUGCACGAAUUGCGGCUCCAAGAACUCAAUUGGGUCUACCAGAGCUGACUCUUGGUAUUAUUCCUGGAUUUGGAGGAACACAACGUCUUCCAAGGCUUAUUGGGCUGUCUAAAGCUGUUGAAAUGAUGCUGACAUCUAAACCUAUCAUGUCGGAAGAAGGGAGGAAGCUAGGACUUAUUGAUUCUAUUGUGUCUUCUGAGGAGUUACUAAAGGUAUCUAGGUUGUGGGCACUUGAAAUAGGAGAGAGGCACAAACCUUGGGUUCGAUCACUUCAUAGGACAGACAAAAUUGGUUUUCUGUCGGAAGCACGUCAAGUGUUGGGAACUGCCAGGCAACAAAUCAAGAAGACUGCUCCACAUUUGCCUCAGCAGCAGGCCUGCAUAGAUGUGAUUGAACAUGGAAUAGUUCAUGGAGGCUACAGUGGUGUUCUAAAGGAGGCAGAACUAUUCAAGAAAUUAGUUGUGUCCGACACCUCAAAAGGUUUAAUUAAUGUCUUCUUUGCUCAACGGGCAAUAACAAAGGUGCCUGGUGUAACUGAUAUUGGCCUUAGGCCAAGAAAUGUUAAAAAAGCUGCUGUUAUUGGAGGAGGUCUAAUGGGAUCUGGCAUUGCCACAGCUCUUCUACUUGGCAACAUUCGUGUCUUACUCAAGGAAAUCAAUUCUGAAUUUCUUAUGAAGGGAAUAAAAACAAUAGAAGCUAAUGUUAAUGACUUAGUAAGAAGACGAAAGCUGACAAAACAGAAGGCUGAUGCUGCACUGUCACUGCUUAAAGGUGUUCUGGAUUACACAGAGUUUAAAGAUGUGGACUUGGUUAUUGAGGCUGUAAUUGAAAAUGUCAGUCUCAAACAAACCAUAUUUAGUGAUCUUGAGAAGAUCUGUCCUCCACACUGCAUUUUAGCAUCAAACACAUCAACUAUUGACCUUAAUCUUGUUGGUAAUAAGACCAGCUCUCAAGAUCGUAUUGCAGGUGCUCAUUUUUUCAGUCCUGCCCACAUUAUGCCACUUUUGGAGAUUAUACGAACCGAUAAAACUUCUCCACAAGUGAUUCUUGAUCUAAUAACAGUUGGUAAAAUCAUAAAGAAGGCUCCCGUUGUGGUGGGUAACUGCACAGGCUUUGCAGUGAACAAAACAUUCUUCCCAUAUUCGCAGGGUGCGAAUUUGUUGGUCAACUUGGGCGUGGAUCUUUACAGAAUUGACAGAUUGAUAUGCAACUUUGGCUUUCCGAUUGGUCCUUUCCAGCUUAUGGACUUGGCUGGCUAUGGAGUUGCUGUUGCUACAUCCAAAGUAUUUGCUGAUGCAUUUUCUGAUCGCAUAUUUAAAUCUCCAAUGCUUGAUCUUCUGAUCAAAUCUGGGCGAAAUGGCAAAAACAAUGGGAAAGGUUGCUACAUUUAUGAAAAGGGUAGCAAGCCCAAACCCGAUCCUUCAAUACAACCAAUCAUCGAGGAGUCUAGAAGACUUUGCAAUAUUAUGCCCAAUGGAAAGCCUAUAUCUGUUACUGACAAAGAGAUCGUGGAGAUGAUACUCUUUCCAGUAGUGAAUGAGGCAUGCCGUGUUUUAGAAGACGGAGUUGUUAUUCGAUCAUCAGACCUUGACAUCGCAUCUGUUCUUGGAAUGAGCUUCCCCAGUUAUCGGGGUGGCAUUGUUUUCUGGGCAGAUUUGGUUGGGGCUAAUCAUGUCUAUACCAGCCUUAAAAAAUGGACACAAUUAUAUGGUAACUUCUAUAAACCCUCAAGGUAUUUGGAAGAAAGAGCACUCAAUGGAAUUCCUUUGAGUGCACCUGCUUCAUCUACUCCAAAGUCAGUGGCGCGUCUAUGA